AUGAUUAAGCUGCACUGUAUGAGGACCUCAAAAAAUAUGGAAGGUUUACUGAACUUUGUUGGCUGCUCAGCCCUGAGCCUCUUAAAGUCAGCAUGCUACCCAUGCCUUCUAUUGAGGAAAUUAAGGUCUCUGAGGAAUUUCCUCAGGCUAGAGGGAUCCAACAACAGCUGGACUGUUUGAUUCGCAUAACUAAAUAAGAUGAAGAUAAAAUUUUGAGGAUCAGCCACCAACAGUUAGCUUACGAGACAAUCCUGCUUAGCACAUCGCAAGAAAGGGUCAACUUACAACCAGUAAUUGGGGCUCUGUCCUAAAGAUAAUUAGAAUCACUCCAUCCCCUCUGAAGCCACUCCUAGGAGAGUACAACUUAUCAAGAGUCAAAACAGUGCAGUGGGGGGUGGAGAAUGAAGAGAAAACUAUCAAAGCAUUCACCCUCAGAACUGGGAAGACCGUAAAAGAAACAGGCAUAUGGUUCCAUUCCCCUUGGAAUCCUUGGGACAUCUCAGGAUGGUGUUGA